CCCAGGUGGAAAAGACGCCUCUCCGGACUCCGGUUACCUUUUUCUUCGACAAUCGGCGAUCGCUUCACUUCUAGCAAUAAUUUCAGCGAAAGGGCGAAGCAAGGAUUGCAUCGAUGGGCGAUAAAGGAAGAAGAAGAAAUUCUUUAAUGCUGCUGCUACUCUUACUUUCACUUUCGCUUCCACCGAUUUCUCUGGCUUACCGACCGGGAGAUAUUGUACCGAUGAGCAAGAUGGGUCAAUACCACUCAUCGAGAACAACGUGGCAUGAUGUUAUUGGAAAGCACUGCCCUAUAUUUGCGGUUAAUCGCGAGGUGUUGAUUCCUCUAGCAAAGCCGAUGGGUUAUACGGGAGCUGAUCCCUAUAAGAUAUCAUUUCAAAUUGGAAGAGAAAAGUUUCUAAUUCCAUGGCUUUUAGUGGUAAAUCGCAAGAGUUCUGAGGUUCCAAUGAUUGAUGUGCAUUUGGGCGUAUGUAUUUCUCCUUUCAUUCUUCUCUUGAAGGAGGAGCAGUCAGAUAUAGAUGUAACUGCUGGUUUUUAUGUCUUAUUUGGAUCAGGGCUGAUGUUGAGCUUUAUUCUCUCAAUCUACAUUCUGCAAUCAUCUCGGGACAAAUUUGCUAGGUUUGUGAGGGAGACAGUGGUGGAAAGCAGCAGCCCCUCUGAAGGAGUAGCAAAAGUUGAAUGAUGUAAUGGUUUGAUACGAUAGAUAGAUACUCCUUUUGAGUCCAGGAUAAUUUUGGGGAUAGAGAUUUUCUUCAUAGCUUGUCUGUUUUUUAAGUUGGUGAGAGUGUAGUUGAAUGAGUUGGGGUUUGAACGAGAAGUGAAGUUACAAGCUAUGAAAGUGGGUCAGGGUCAUUUUGAAGCAUAGAAUGUCAAUGAACAAAUUGAUUGUAUCCUAAGCAAAACCUUUUACUGGAAAUAUACUAAACUUAUGUUUCCUUGCGUUA